AUCUGUUGCUCAGACCACACUAUUUUCAUUUAAAUAUUCUAUCUUUUCAGAAAGAAUGGAAUCUUUUCUUCAAAUGUAAUAUUUGUCAAAACAUCUUUUGCGUCAAAGUUGAAUAAAGUGAAUAACAAAGGAUUUUGAGGUCACGCUGUCCUUCUUAGUAACUAGAUUAGGCUGGUUGUUUGUUUGUGAAUAUGCCUGCAUUUCAAAACAAGAAGAAUAAUUUUUCUGUGGCUCUAAAAAUUCUCCAAAAUGCUGCAUAUUUCUUCAGACACAAGCUGCCCCAGAUUUUCAAUGAAGUGCAAACUUUUCUGAAUCUCAAUCAAUCUAACUCAUUCAAAGGAUUUCAUUUGUGCAAAAAUGACAGGUCGAUGCAUCAAAGAGCCACGCGUAAUCUUAUAAUGCCGUGCAUUACUGUAAAAACAGUAACAGCUAUACAGUUUUGAUGACUCCUGGUUAGUUCAGGUGGCUCUGAACCCCCUUUGCGCUGUCACGAUGAUGCGCUUCAACAGCAGCAAGCGCAAUUAUCUCCAUGCGCGCUGAGCGGUGAGUGGACAUCCCGCCUUCUGGGUGUUCGGACGUUUCACAGACGCCACAGAGAUGCGGACGCCUCUCCUAGUACUCUUGCUCGCCUCGUUCUUUUAUGAAUGCACAAGUUUCAGUUGCCCGAGGAUCUGCCGAUGUUCCUCCGAGACGAUAAGAUGCAAGCUCACAGCAGACGCGGGAAAGGACCAGCGGAACAAAAGACUGUUUCUUUAUCAUCUUUCUUUUAAAACUAUAUCAAGCCAUUCUUUUGAGGAUUUGAGAGAAGUUCAGAGGAUUGCGAUUGCUCAAAGUGUGACCCUGGAAACCAUUGAAGCGUUAGCAUUUAACAAUCUUCUCAACCUUUCUGAGAUUUCAAUUCAAAAUGCAAGGAGUCUGAAGCACAUUGACAGAAGAGCCUUCAACAACCUACCAAAUCUUCGCCUCUUGAGCAUCUUGAACACUGGAAUAACCCUCUUCCCUGAUGUUACAUCAAUCACUUCUUUCAAAGCAGACUUUAUUCUGGAAAUAUGCGACAACAUUCAUCUGCUUGAAGUGCCUCCAAACGCUUUCACUGGAAUGACUGAGGGUUAUGCUACAUUGAAUCUCUAUAACAACGGUAUCAGAGGAAUACACAACCAUGCCUUCAAUGGGACAAAGAUAGACAAGCUGGUGCUGAAGAAUAAUCGAAACCUUGAAAUGAUCCACAGAGAUGCUUUCCAAGGAGCCACUGGUCCGGAGGUCUUGGAUGUUUCUGCAACAGCUCUCACAAGGUUACCUGCUCACGGACUGGAGUCGGUUCUGGUGCUGUUCGCUCAGUCAGCGUACGAUUUGAAAAGGUUGCCUCCCCUGAAGGGAAUAGGCAGCCUCCGAGAGGCCCAUCUCACCUACAAUAGCCACUGUUGUGCCCUUCUGAGCUGGAGCCCUCACAGAGACUUCUCAGCUACAGCUCCAUGGGAUAAUUUUUCUACAUCUUGUAAAGAAGGGAAUCCAUCAACAAGAUUUCAGAGGGUUAUCGGAGACACAGGCGACACACCUCCGCUUGGGGGCUGGGCGUUUUAUUCUGAAUCUGACCUACAAGACACCGCCUUCCAAGAUGUGGAUGACCUCUAUUCUCAGCGUUUGGACUUCUGCCGCUCAAUCAUCUGCACGCCUGAAGAGGAUGCCUUCAAUCCCUGCGAGGACCUUGCCGGGUUCAGUUUUCUCAGAGUUGCUAUUUGGUUCAUCAACAUACUCGCUAUCACAGGCAACCUGAUGGUGCUGCUGGUUUUCUUUACCUGCCGAAAUAAGCUAACUGUGCCUCGCUUCCUCAUGUGCCACCUGGCCUUUGCUGACCUCUGCAUCGGUGUCUAUCUUCUGGUGAUUGCUACGGUAGACCUGAGGACUCGUGGUCAUUACAGUCAACACGCCAUCGAGUGGCAAACCGGGCCUGGCUGUAAAGCUGCAGGCUUCCUGUCUGUGUUUGGCGGUGAGCUGUCAGUCUACACGCUGUCCACCAUCACCUUGGAGCGCUGGCACACCAUCACCAACGCUCUGCAUGUAAAGCGCCAUCUGGUCCUGACAAAGGCUGCAGGUAUAAUGGCAGUGGGUUGGUUUCUGUGUUUGGGGAUGGGGAUGCUGCCCCUGGUUGGCGUCAGCAGCUACACCAAAGUCAGCAUGUGCUUACCCAUGGACAUAGAAACCCCUCUAGCGCAGAUUUUCAUCAUCAUCAUCCUGCUCCUCAAUGUGGGGGCCUUCAUCAUCGUGUGUGUUUGCUAUGUGCUUAUUUACUUGGCUGUGAAGAACCCAGAGGUCCCUGAAAGAAGCGCGGACACCAGGAUAGCAAAACGAAUGGCAGUACUCAUCUUCACCGACUUCCUCUGCAUGGCACCCAUCUCCUUCUUUGCUAUUUCUGCUGCCUUUAAGUUACCUCUCAUUACCGUCACCAAUUCCAAGAUUCUGUUGGUUCUCUUCUUCCCCAUCAACUCGUGCGCCAACCCCUUCCUGUAUGCUAUUUUCACCAAGGCCUUCAGAAGCGACGCCUAUCAGCUCAUGAACGCAAUGGGAUGCCGUAAAAGCAAUGCCAACAUUUGUCAAUGGAAGGCCUGCUGCUCUGAAAAUGCAAUAAAUAGCAAAUUGAGAUCCAAUAAUAAAGAAGCGCAGACUGGAAUGAACAUGGCUCCCAUAUCACAUCAGGAUCUGCAACCUAAGGAUGAGCAGGAGAUAACCUGAAGACAGAAAGGGACAAGAAUAUCGGGACAUGAAUGACCACUGGGGGUUGGGAAAUGUUUUGUUUUUAAAGGGAUUCCUUAUUUGAUACUCCACUGUUAAAGACUUACUAUUUUUAUAGGUUACUAUUUAAAACAUGAAUGUAAUCCUCUGAUACAUGAUGGAUUUCUUCUCUGUCAGAUCAAAUACCAUGCAAGUUUACAAUGAAAUACUAGAAGUUCAUUAUUCAUGAACCUUCUUGUUUAUCAGAUCUACAAUGCCUUGCAAAGGAGAUUUGCUAAUUUUGUCAUGGUUAGACUUAGAACUCAAAUGCAUUGACUGGAUGAGCUGCAGAAAUCCACAGUAAAAGCUUUCCACAGAAAGUGGGGGAUUCACAUGAGGAAGAAGAUGCUCUGAUGAUAUGAGACCAAAACUGAUCUUACUGUGAAACAACGUGGUGGCCCUUUUGAAAAAAAAAAACUUUUCCAAGUACUACGAUGGUACUUUUACUUGAGUUUUAUUAUGAAGUAUUGCUACUCUUACCUGAGUACAAUUUCUGGAUACUGUAUAGCAGAAAUCUCACUUUUUGUUUAAAUCAAAAAAUCACCAGACACUGGCACACAUCUGCAGUGUUUGUUAAAGUUCUAUAAGUUUUAUAUAGAAAGAAACUGAUUUGGAAAAAUGUUUAUUUUCCCUGAUUUUUGUU